UGUGUGAAGUACAUGCUAAAAAUGAGAUGUCAUCAUUAAAGUGAACAUUUCUCUGUCUUAACAGUGGCCAUUUUACCUAUUUGUACACUGCUAUUGUUGUUAAGAAUUAAAAAAAAAAACUUACCUGCCUCUAUGGGUAGUUUUUAUGAUGGAAACAGCUUGAGGUUGAGUGAUGUUAAUUCUUUCCAAUUGGAAAAUCGUUUUCACAGUCAACCAGUAUCCCAGAGCAGGCUUUUGCUUCGUUAAAAAAACCCCCAAUUAAGUUACUGUAUCAUAUUUAUCAGGUUCUUAUAGACUCAUGUAGUUGUGUUGCUCAACAUCCUCCAACAUGUGACAUCCACCAACUUUUUCAUUUGCAUUUUUGUUAAAAGCACCCAAAAGGCAAACCACCCCUACAGGCCAUUUACAGCGCAGUCGUACACGAGGACAACAUUGCACUAUCCCCCUAACAGCAGUUCGUUAUGUUUCAGGCUUUCUUGUAGCCAAUAGAAGAAGAGGAUGUUUGUGAAGCAGAUAGAUAUUUGUCUGUGCCUUUUUUUUUUGUGUGCGUCAUCCUCCCUUGCAGUUGGAGAUCUUUGAGCCUGAUAAUGCUCCUCUCCAUGAUGGAGAGAUAGGAGUAAGGGAGGGGAUUCGGAAGGCGGGCAGGCAGCUCACUGAGGCUGGAUCCCUGGGCUUAUAUUUUGGCAGUUGAGAUGGGAGACAUGAUAAAACACGGCGGUGAUCACCGCUGAUGAUAACAAAGCAGAAGAGAGAGAAACAGAUGAGAGGUUCCCUUGGUGAGCUUGACGGCAAUGAGGACAACGCUGUUGACAACCUGAGCCUCUCGGGAGAGGAGGCAGAGGCCUCAGAACUAUCUGAUUCAGCAGAGGGGGACAGUAGUAGUCCACCGCCCUACACACCGCCAUACAAUGACGAGCCCAGAACGCAGGACACUCAUGGAGACGCUGAUGAGGCUGGUGAAGUUGAGGGCGAGCGUCGCCUGGCAGACAGUAGUGGUAAAGAGAAAGAGGAAGGGCAGGAAGAGGAUGGGGUGUUGCAGUGGAGCGGACCAGAUGAGCUGGAUUUUAAUGAAGAAGACAACGGCAGAAAGGUUGUCGCUCGCCGGGACCUCCACGCGGACACAGUUUGGGGACCCUACCCUGGAAGCCUCCGGUCAGAUGCCAGCGCAGAUGAUGGGGCAGCAUCAGGGAAUCCCAGUUGGACCUUGGUAUGUGAUGAUCCAGAUUGUUGGAUAACCGGUCUUGCUUUGACCACGAACCCAUCAGAGGCCAACUGUACCAUCUACAGCCAAGGUGAAGAGUUAUUCUGUAAGUUGACCAGAGACAUUCCUGAGGCAGAAAGACUCCUGGCCACGCCGCUGCUUCCUCCAAAACCCUCCUCCCCUGUCGCCAGGGCUUCACCUCUUCUCACCAUUGUCACCCCAAAAACAUCUGUGGUCAAAGAGGAGCCACUGUAUCCUGCAGCGCUCCACACGGACAUCCAGCUCCUCCCACAGCAAGCAGGCAUGGCUGCAAUCUUGGCUACAGCUGUCGUCAAUAAGGACAUUUUCCCAUGCAAAGACUGUGGGAUUUGGUACAGAAGUGAAAGGAACCUGCAAGCCCACCUCAUGUACUACUGCGCCAGCCGACAGAAACAGCCGGCUGCGGCCUCGUCACCCCCACAAGACAAACCCAAAGAGUCCUAUCCCAAUGAGCGCAUCUGCCCCUUUCCUCAGUGUAACAAGAGCUGCCCGAGCGCAAGUUCACUGGAGAUUCACAUGCGUACACAUAGCGGUGAGCGUCCAUUUGUGUGCCUCAUCUGUCUAUCUGCCUUCACCACGAAAGCAAACUGUGAGCGCCAUUUGAAGGUCCACACUGACACUUUGAAAGGGGUGUGCCAUGGCUGUGGCUUUGUCUCGACUACAAGGGACAUUCUGUACAGCCAUUUGGUGACGAGCCACAUGGUUUGCCAGCCUGGAUCUCGCAGUGAGGUCUACUCUCCAGGGCCUGGUCUUCCCAAGUUGCCCUUGUCCAAUGUUCUCAGCCCAGGAGACUCUGGUGUGGUGCUGAAGUGUCAAGUCUGUGGCCACAACUCUGAUUCUCCUUCGCAGUUGCAGCAGCAUGUCCGAACCCACCUAGAAGUGAGAGUCCCCGCUGAAAGGAGUCCCACCCCUCGUCAAAGUACCCCAUCAUCUGUCGACCAGCUGCAGCCGGCUACACCGGAGGGUGAGCCGCAAGGCUGCGUGCCACAGUCGGAUUCCUCCUGCCCGGGUGCUAACGGGGGCUCUGCGACUCCACGUGGCUGCAGUCCUCCCGAUGCCCAAACCAGCACUCUAAAAAUCAAAGAAGAGCCUCCUUCAGAAUCUGAGACGGAAGAACAUCAGAUGGACUUUCAGGACGACGGUGAGGAGGCUGACCAGAAAGCAGAGAACACAAAGGAGAAGCAAACCCUCAACUCCAUUUGUCAGACAACAAAUUCGCCAAAGAGUCCUGCCGCUACAGCAGUAAAAGCAGAACCAACGAGUCCCACGCCUGGUUGUAGCCCAAGUCAUAUAGGUGGUGCUGGCUCCGUUUUCCCCGGCGGGUCAAUGUUUUUGCCUCAGUACAUGUUUAACCCUGAAACAGCCAUUUUGCCCCAGGCCUCCGAGAUCCUGGCUAAAAUGUCUGAGAUGGUUCAUAGCCGUCUGAAGCAUGGCCAGACAAUUCCUCAGAGUAACGCAGCCCCCUUCUUCCCCUCUGCAACAACUGUACCAACGGCCACAGCAACUCCGCCUCUAAAAGGAGCCACCUGCUUUGAGUGUGACAUCACAUUCAACAAUAUCAACAAUUUCUAUGCACACAAGAAGCUUUACUGCUCAAGUAGGCACCACGGGGAAGGUGCAACCUCAGCUUCAGGCCCCGGAUCAGCAAAAGAUACUUCCCCACCCGCUUUGCCCUCCAGCAAGGCGCAAGAUUCCUCAGCGUCUCCUUAUGAUGGAGCAAUGAGCAGAGCGGCCUCCGCCUCUCCCUCUGAGUCCGAACCUGCUGCAGAUAGGGGAGCACCGGCGGAGUCCAAGAGAGUGUCGGUGAAGAACGAAACUCCUGCGGGCCGGGAUGGAAUAUCGUCCUCUUCUGAAGGUGAGGGUACAGGCAGUCGAGGAGGGCGAGCCAGCGAAGGUAGCCAGAGUCCUGCCAGCGGGUCGGCUGAAGACCUGGAUGAUGAUCCCAACAGAACCUUUUGCGAGGCCUGCAACAUUCGCUUCAGCCGCCACGAAAACUACACUGUUCACAAGCGCUUCUACUGCGCAUCGCGUCACGACCCGUCCAAUCAACGAGUCACACACAUGGCAAAGGCGACCUCCACAUCAGCCUAUCAACCUCAGCCCAUUCGUACGCGCAAAAGGAAGAAGAUGUAUGAAAUUCAUAUGGCGCGGACAGAAGCCCUGGCGGCGGCUGCGGCCGCCGCCGCCACUGUCGCCGCUGCCGCUUCUGCUCCGUCUCCUUCUGUACUUGGCUUGGCGGUGAAGCAAGAGGGUUCUCCUCAUGCCGCAGGCAGCUCCAGCCCCGAAGGCGAUGGUCCGAUUGAUCUGAGCAAGAGGCCCCGCCUCCACGAAGCUCCUCAUCAUGGCGCCAGCGGUAUUCUUUCUGCCUUGCCGCUCAAUGACUACCAUAAGUGCACCGCCUGCAGUAUCAGCUUCAAUAGCAUUGAGAAUUACUUGGCUCAUAAAACCUACUAUUGCCCCGCCACCACCCUCCAACAGCAUAGCUUUCAGCUCCACAGGCUAAAAAGAUCUGUUUCUACCUCUCCAAAGAGCAAGUCUCACCAGGAGCGCCAAGAUCUUCUUCGGCCCAUGGAAGCUAAAGUUCUUCCCGCAGAUUGGAUGACCCAGCUGCAAGGCUCAUCAACCAGUCCUCAUACCUCCGCCUUAACUGCCUCCGACGCCACAUCUCCCCCCGAUGCGACAAGCACACAUGCGGCCACCCCGGGAGCAGGUGCCAAAGGCGUUAGCACGGCUUCUUCCCUGAUGCUCUGUCCAUAUUGUCCUAACAAGCCCAUCGCAUGUGACCUCAUGGAGCACUUCAAGACUGUCCACGGCCUGGUUGUAUCUAUUCAGUCACCCCAAGAGGCUCACCCCCAGCCAGGCAGCGUAGUUAGUCCCAGCCCAAGCCUUAGUCCGAGAGAUGGAGUCCCAGCCACCUCCUCCCGUAGCCAAAUCGGCCCGUCCAAAUUGGUCCCUCGCAUUCCCAGAGAUGGUAUGAAUGGGCAGGCAAGGAGCGACACCAAUUCUCCGUCCUCCCCUCUGCUAAAUGGCAGCCCAUCGGCUGAAGGCGGAUCCUCAUCAGCGAGUUCGCCUCAACCCGUUUCCCCGUCAAGGGCUCCCCCUCUGACUUUGUCACCUGUGCCUGACCACCGAAGAGAAACAAUGGGAAUCUCCCUGCCUCCAGACAAGACUUCACCAACUGUUGCCUCCAUUGGCCUCCCCGCACCGCCACCUGCCCCAAUCUCCAGUCCGAAACCCCCCGCCAUCUCCCCGGUCCAGAACGGUAACUCUCGCUUCUGUAGGCUGUGCAAUAUCAAGUUCAGCAGCCUCUCCACAUUCAUAGCGCAUAAAAAAUACUACUGUUCCUCCCACAGUGCUGAACAUGUCAAGUGAGCCGAGCGAUUCACAUCAUCCUCUCUCUCUCUCUCCUUCCCUCCGUUAAUCUGAUUGAGUAGAUGCGACGCUUCGCUCAGCUCCAAGAAGCUCCCUGUGCACCCUUUUCUGCAGUCAGUCAGUUCUCGCAGGCAGGUGCCAAAGUUGCAAAGUCGCAAAGAAUGGCUGUCACUCAACGAACAGGGCCUGAUGCGUAUUUGCUCCCGAGCAGAAUUUGCCAGUGAUGUUACUCACUGAUUAUUCCUCUCCCACGGGUCGCAAAACUGCCAGCUGAGAGGCGUUCUACGCACGUGUCUACCUGCACACUAAAGUGUGUCUCGUCCCUUAGGUCACUUUGUCAUCCCAAAUGAAGCGGCAACCACUUCUCAAUAUUUUGCAUUGUGGGACGUUAGAAGGUUCUGUGUGAAGAGCCUAAUUCUGACUUUGUCGAACUGAGUUGUUGAUACAAGCAGAUAUUACAUUCUAACAGUUGAUAAACAAUAACGCCGAUUUUCCCAAAUCUCCAGUCUUUUCAUGUUGUAAACAGAGGGAUAACCUCUUGGAUGGAAAAGACUUGAUCACGUAAUGUUUUUCACAUCUGUGCAUAUGUCUAAAAAAAAAAGAAUUCUAUAAUGCAUUAGGUUUCAACACUGGCCCUUUUAUGCUUACUCGAAGAAGCUAAGGCAUAUUUUGUAAAGAAAACUGUGGUCUGAAAUGUUACUAAUUAGUGAAGGAUAUUUCAAAAUUAACUUUUUCUUUUCCUCUUCAGAUGCAAAGGAGAGACAAAUGUGAAAUAUUUAUCUUCUUGUCCUCACUGAUUUCAUGACAACACAAAGCUACCUACAUAUUGUGUGAGAGUAUUUUUGUUUUUGCUUAAUUUUCAUGCUGUUAGAAGGAACUGUGUGGUGGCUCUCGGUGUUGAAGUGUUUUUGUGUAGAUAUCUAAUGUCUUCACCCUGGGACUACACUGAAUUUUCUGAUCAUGUAAAGAUUUUUUUUUUUUUGGCUUUAUAAUCUGUCUGAUGGUGACAGUCAAAUUUAAUUGGAUUAAUCCAUUUGUGGAUUAGCAGCACAACUUCAUCCAGUUGUCACUCAUCGCUUCAAAAAAAAAAGUAUAUUUUGGACACAGCUGCUUAUGUACUGUGAUGGCAAUGAAGUCACCUUCCAAACCUUACGCGAUAUAACAUCUCUUAUUUCAUUCUAGCUUCAUUUCCUGGCAUCUUUUGACCUUUAAGAGCUCACACUCUUACUUUUUUUUCUGUGUAAUAUGAAGUGAUAGACAUCAAUGCACCCAAUUCUAAAAUGUUUUUCAUUAUAGUGAUUGUUUCUCUUGGGCAAAGGAAUCGUCCAGUCGCAUUACAGCACCCCGUGCACUACAGGAAGCAUAUCAUUAUCUAGUAAUUUGUUGGGUGAGAGUCCAUGUGACACUUUCAUUUUAUUUGUCAUUUUUCAUACACGCGCAGCAGCACAGUCGCAAGCUAUUGCCGUUGCAGUGCAGAUAUCGAAGGCCCGUUUUCAUUUCGUUUCAUUUCAUUUCAUCGGAUCCAAGAUAUAAUUCUAAUUAAAAAUGUCAGUACAGUUGGAUUUGAUCCAUCCCGCAAGCAUUUUUGACCAACAUGACUCUUUUGUAUUGGAUUGUGUGAGAGGUCUCUGAAAGCCAGUUUUCCUACGAUCAUUUUUUUAAAAUCAUAAUAAUAAUAAACUAUGACAACAAAAAGUCCCUACAUUUCUUUUCAUCUCUAAGUAAAGUUGUACUAAUCAUACAAAAUGAAUCAGCCUUAUUUUAGUACAUAAAAAAUCCAGACCUAAAUAUUCCAUGAGAAUACAUCGAGCUCAGUUGGUUGACACUCACUUAACUCCAUGGACACAUUGAAACAGCCUCAUGGGAACAUUUUUUCAUCGAAAUAAAAGGGUGAUGAUUUUGCCACUUUCAGGUGUUUUCCAGGUGCUGUGCUUUCUCUUAAUUUUAUGAACUCAAACCCGCAUUUCUGAAAAGUAUUACACAAUGUUGUUAUAGGUAGGCCAUAUGAUUUGGAGCUGGGAGUCGCGGCUUGGAGUUUGAAGCGGAUUACGUGGGACAGGAGAAGUGAACUAAUCUCUUUUCGUCAAUGGAUGCUACAGCUUUGUGUUUGCUUUCAAAACUUAGCUUGUAGCAGACGUGUGCACAUUUUCAGCAUGACGUCUCUGAUCCACUGGAGAAAGGACACUUUGAUCCUCUCCUCUUUCAUCUAGAACUGCUUCAGACAACAAAGUGUAUGCAGAAAAUUGGUGAAGAUUGAA